GAGACACCUGAAAAUUAAUAACAAAAAAGACCUUUGGGGAUUUUUGUUCUCUAAGAAAACAGAAUUCUUCUACUUGACCAAAAUAUUCUCAUUUCCUGCAUGACUGGUCUUGAAAACUGAAUGAUCAAUAGACAGCAUGCAUUUGAAAACUGGAUUAAUAUUUUUGAUCAUUUGCCUUGCUCUCCAAGUUCAGGGAAGCAGAGAAAUUCCUAAUAAAAUAAACAGUGCUGAAGCCAAACAUCUUGCAGUCACCUCAGGGUCAGACAAAACAGAAAAAACGACAAAGCGGUCCAAGAUAUCAACCAUAAGGUGGAUAUUUGACAUGGCAAAACACCGAACAAAGAGGUCAUCCUUUUUCUCAACUGGUGUGAAAGUUUGCCCACAAGAAUCAGUGAAGCAGAUUUUAGCCAGUCACCAAGCUUACUAUAGAUUAAGAGUCUGCCAGGAAGCUGUGUGGGAAGCCUUUCGUAUUUUUCUGGAUCGGAUUCCUGAUACUUCUGAAUAUCAGAACUGGGUUACUGCCUGCCAGAGGGAAACCUUUUGCAUAUUCGACAUUGGCAAAAACUUCAGCAAUUCCCAAGAGCACCUGGAAAUAAUUCAACGGCGAGUAAAACAUAGAACCUUCCAGGAAAGGAAAGAUGAAAUAUCAGCAGAGAAAACAGGAGGCAAAAAGGUGGAAGAAAUUCCCUCCAUUUCUACAGGUUCUCCUCGCACACCCCUCUCACCUAAUGGCACAUUGCUCAAUGAAAUUUUCAAUGACACGAAGACUCCUGUGAAGGAGCUGGGAACAAAUGCGGUCCCUGAACUGCCUGUGGAGCAAAUGGUGGAAUUCAGUGUCACUCUCACUGAUCAGGAGUACACAGCUGAACUCAGUGAUCCCAAUUCCCCAGAGUACCAACAACUAGCUGCCAAAUUUCAGCUACAGAUGAAAAAAAUAUUUGAGAAACUUCCAGGAUUCAAAGAAAUCCGUGUGUUAGGAUUCAAACAGAAGAAGGAGAAAGAUGGAUCAAGCAGCACAAUAGCACGAUACGUGGUGAACUUUGAGAGAGAUGGCUCAGAAACCAAAGGCACAGCAGAUGACAUCUCGACUAUUGGAUCUAAUAAGGUUGAAAGUGAAAAAAUUCCCAUUUCUCCAGUUGAAGAGGGGGAAAUAUCAGCAGCUAAACUCACAGUAACAGACCUUCAGCAGCUGGUUGCCACUGCACUCCAUGAAGACCAGUCCCUGCCAGUGGACCUUGGAACACUUCAGUUUACUGAUGAAACUAUUAUACCACCUAGUGAUAUUGAUAAUGAUAUCCAAGGAGUGGUCACUGUUCCUCUGGCAGGCCCUGAUUUGGAGGAGCUCCCACUAGGUUAUCCCAGUCCAGCAACAGUGGAUCAAAGAGGAGAUGUAUUUGGUGAUAAAUCUACAACUGAAAGCCCUGCUCUAAGUGAAGAGAUCAGCAUCCCUGAAGAAUUUAAUAAUUUUAUUACAUCUGAACCUGAUUUUCCUACCAAACCCUCCAGAGAACCAUUUCAGGAUAGAUAUCCGCACACCCAAAUUAUUGCUACCGACCACCCAAGUUUCACAGUGCCUUUCAGUGUUCUGGGUAGCACCAGCACUCCUCCAAAAUCAGAGGAUUCCUAUUUGCCUCCCCCAGCAGAUGAUUCUGCUGGCAAAGACUUCCUCACCGAUGGCUAUGAGUCUCCAGUGGAGCUGGCUACCACAGGAAGCUUUACCACACCCGACCUCCUGCACGCCAGAGAGGCAGACAGUGAAGCUGAAGAGAAGCAAGAACUGACUGAUUUAGCAGAACCUCCUUUCGAGGAUGUCGACCAAGACAGUCCAUCAGGACAAGCAGUUAAGAUCAUGGAAGAACUAGAAUCAUCAGGUGAUGACAUUUUUGUUACAGCCAGCACUUAUGACACGUUGCCUGUCUUUACUGGUCCAAGUCAUGUCUCCACUGUGCAGCCUGGAGCUGUUAUUACAGAUGGGCUGCCAUCAAUAGCACCUCUGCCUGCAGCCACCAGCCCAUCCUACAGCCCCUCUGAGAUCAUCGAGCAGUCCCUUGAAUUACCAGAUUCCUCGGCGCCAGCCCCUGAGGGCGUUCCUGAAGGUGGCAUGGGUGAAGGGGUGCAGGACAUCACUGCCGAGCUGGAUCUCAUCGGUGCCACGAGCACAGCAGGGCUGUAUGAAGGGGAGCAGGGCAGUGGUUUUAUCUCAGUGCUGACCACUGAACCUGCAGAAACCACCCCAGCACCAGUGCUGAAGUACGUCACUACCAGCUCCAUGACAACUGCAGCCAAAGGCAAAGAGCUCGUGGUUUUCUUCAGCCUGAGGGUAACCAACAUGCACUUCUCCGAUGACCUCUUCAACAGGAGUUCGACAGAAUACAAAGCACUAGAACAACAGUUCAUGCAAUUGCUACUUCCAUACCUUCAGUCCAACCUUACCGGUUUUAAGCACUUGGAAAUUCUCAACUUCAGGAACGGAAGUGUGAUUGUGAACAGCAAAAUGAAAUUUGCCAGGACAGUGCCAUACAAUAUCACAGAAGCAGUACAUUGUGUUUUGGAAGAUUUCUGUGAUGCUGCAGCCCAACACCUCAAUUUGGAGAUUGACAGCUAUUCCCUGGAUAUUGAGCCAGCUGAUCGGGCAGACCCCUGCAAAUUCAUGGCAUGUGACAAGUUUUCUGAAUGCAUAAUGAACGAGUGGACAAAAGAGGCCGACUGCCUUUGCAAGCCUGGCUACGCCAGCCAGGAUGGGUUGCCCUGCCGGAGCCUGUGCGAGCUGGAGCCCCAUCUCUGCGUCAAUGGUGGGAAAUGUGAGCUGGUUCCAGGAAGAGGAGCUGUCUGCAGAUGUCCUGUACGUAGACACCAGCUUUACCAAGGACAGCGCUGUGCAAAAUUUGGUCCAGAACCCAUACAACCCUUCAGUUUUAAACCUCUCAUUCUUGGCUUAGGAAGCCUUGGUUUUCUUUUCAUCAUUUUAAUUAUUAAGAUAAGAAGAAAAUGCAAAAGAAACUCUAAUUUGCAAGGUCCUACUCUCAGCAGCUGCAAUUCAGAAAGUGCUGUAAGGAUUAACCCUGCUUUUGAACACGAUGAGCCCCUAUCUAGCUUUUGUCACACAGCCUGCAGUGUAAGUGCUUGUCUCAGUUCCUCAGAGAUCCUUGAUCACGAAGCAUUACAUGACCUUGAAAACACAAUUCAGCCUGGAGGUCACCAGAUGAGUUUACGAAACCAAGACUGACAAGUUAGUCUCUGGAAUUCUUCGUUUCCAGCAUCAGCCAGACAAAACCAAGGUACUCAAGAAAGAAGGCCUGCAUUAUUUAAGACUGGGCUUCAGGAUAAGUAGGAAAAAAAAAAAUCAAGGAUUCCUGAAGAUAAAAAAUUUUGGCUCUAAAAUCAGUGCACAUUAAAAAAAAAUAGUUUUGCUGAAGGAAAGCAAAUGACCACGUUGAGCAGCUAUUUGUUCAUGUCUAAAAUGCCUGGUAGGAAGUCCCCACCAUUAAGAUGCAUGCAUUAAGCUUCUGGUGCUUACACAUCUUAUUUAAGAGCUGAAUGCUAGAAACAGAUCUUACUGAGCUAUGACAUUUUUCAAUAUUGUAAGUCACAGUUGUUCUGGUAAAAAUGUCAGUGAACUUCACCGCAUUUCUAUGCCCCUUCAUUAACCUUCCUUACACACACUGAUGCAAAUGGUGAAUGGAAAUAACCAUUGUCAUUGACCAAAGGCCACAUAAAAAGCAUUUGGGAACUUCUUCAUUCUCUCCCUGCAAUGCUCACAUUGCAAAUCACACAAGUUGGAUUUAAUUUUUCAAGGGUUUCUGUGAACAUCAGAUACCUAUUUUUCUGUUAAUAAACACUUCUUUUUACAUAUGUACAUAUACACUUAGCUGUUUAAUUUCUGGUGAUUGUGACACUGUCGGGUUAUCCUAAGACUUCAAACUUUUUGCUAAGGCAUGAUAUGUGGAGUUUCAGCUUUUCAGAUAAUGAGAUUUAAAUUCACAAGCACCCUCCUGGUAGUGAGUAGAUUAGAACUGCACACGAGCACCUAUGCUUUAGACUCAGUAUACACACAAAUAAUUUUGAGAGGUUACUGUUAGUUUUUGUAGAAGAAAUCUAAACAAACAAUGGGUGGCCAUUAAGUACUUUGUAGGCAUAUUAAUUUAUGCACUAUGAAUCCACAAUCCUGAUUCAAGUAUGAGCAUCAUUUUAUCUUGAGUAUUUUUUUCUUGAGAAUUUAUCUCUAUUUAUAUUCUGUACCAGUGUUGUGUUCAGGCACUGGUUUGCUGCUUGGUGCACACCAGAAGUCGUACUUACAGCUCAAACUGAGCUUCUACAAAGUUCAUGACUAUCCUGGAUGACAACAUCCUCAUUCAGAUGUGAAACUUUUGUGUAUUCAGGACAGCAGCUGAUUUUAGUGACAAUUCUUACUUUGCACUGUGCAGUUACCACAGCAAAGACUGAACUUUAGUUUACCUUCCCAAGUCCACUCAAAAGAACUGUUUACAAAUUCCAAACAACUGCAUGGAUUUGCCUGCAAAACCACCAGAACUGGUGACUGUGUACGAAUGAAGGCAAUGCACCAAGAAUACAAGGUUGAGUUUUUACAGCUGAAAUAGUAUUUUUACUUACUUUACUUAAGUAGGAAAGAAAAAUAAAGAAGAAACCUAAAAUGUGGUUUUACACAGUAACACUUCAGAAGAAAAUGACUUUAAAAAUACUUUUUGCAGGGCACUGGAAGUCAUCCUUGCCUACAAAUGCUAGCUUUUCACUAUUGCUCACGUAAGCUAAGAAUGCAUUAAGAAUGCUGAUAGCAUUCCAUUUUUUUCCAUUACAAAUGUAUUUUUGUAUGUGUUUAGUGUAUUUCCACCUAUACUAGUUAUCAUUAGCCAGAUUAAAAAAUAAGUAAUUUUAAAAUGUGUAUUAUAACAAUGAUUAUUCAUGAUUGUAUUUAUCACUCUCAACUAUUAAUUACCAAAUAUAUUUGCUGGAGGUAAACCUUUUGUAUUUCAAUAAAACACAAUAAAACUAUUUACUUGAAAAUUUCA